AUGUCAAAGGGUACCACGAAAAACCAAAGUUUUAUAGCGGACGGUCUCUGUUUUCGCCCGCAGACACCUGAUGCCACUUAUUCUGAAGCUGACAAUAAUAAAAUAUAUAGGAUAGCGAGUAAUCUCGAUAAUGCGCACAGCACGUAUUCCACUGAUUGCCGUAGGUCUUCUCUCUCAGUGAACAUCGAUACCCCUUCUGGAGAGAGUGACAAUGAGGAAGAUAACUUCCUGGACAGCGACAUUCAAGAAGUCGGAUAUUUUAGUGACGUCUUUCCAAACGAAUUCGAGUUGAACGAUGAGUCUGACUCGUCUACUUACUAUUCCGUUAUGGAAUCUGAAUUUCCUGAACAAUCUGAAUUAUGCAAUUACAAACUACUUAAUCAAAUAGGAGACGGCGCAUUUUCCAGAGUAUUCAAGGCAGUAAACGUUGCCGGCAUUGAACAAAUUCCGGUUGCCAUCAAAGUAAUCAAAAAGAAAAGCAUUUUUGGCGAAUACGAAAAAUAUGGCAACGGUGCAGAAGACGGCGAUAGGAUUAAGCCAUGCAACAGAGAAAGUAUUUUGAACGAAAUUGCCAUUCAUAGGAUGGUUUCCGAGAACAACCCCUACUCUGUUAAGUUUAUAAGUUUCCAAGAAUCUACCACUUAUUUUUAUCUAGUGUCAGAGUUGGUCACUGGCGGUGAAAUAUUUGAUAAGAUCAUUCAAAUGUCAUCAUUUAGUGAGGAUUUAGCUCGUCACGUUAUCACACAAGUAGCAAUGUCCAUAAAACAUAUGCAUUACAUGGGUAUAGUUCACCGCGAUAUUAAACCAGAAAACUUACUAUUCGAGCCAAUCCCAUUUUACGGCGUUGACGGGGACGAAUUUAAACUAGGUGUCGGCGGAGGCGGUAUUGGUUUGGUCAAGUUAACAGAUUUCGGAUUAGCCAAGAUAAUUUCUCACAAUACUGCUAAAACUCCUUGUGGGACAAUAGAAUACACUGCACCAGAAAUAUUCAACUUUGAGGAAUACUCAAUGAAAGUUGACAUGUGGGGUAUUGGUUGCGUGCUGUACACGAUGUUGUGCGGCUACCCUCCAUUUUACGAAAAAGACCCAUCAAAGCUAGUGAAGAAAAUAUCUGAAGGGGACUACCAAUUCUCAGCGCCCUGGUGGGAUGGCAUAAGUUUAGGAGCGAAAAAUGCAGUUUCACACUUACUAGAAGUUGACCCGCGCAAAAGAUAUGAUAUCGAUGAAUUUUUGAAUGAUCCUUGGUUGAAUACGUACGAUUGCUUGAGGCCGUCAACUUUAGACGACCAGCCGGCGUCUGAGUACGCUUAUGCUACCGUUGAGGAUAUAUUAAAUGGCUCGUUCGAUAAGAGGACAACAGAGAACUUACAUUCCGCCCUUGAACAGAGUUACGAACUUCAAGAACAAGAUGAUACCGAAUCCCAUAAGAGUGCAAGCUCACAGUAUAUUUUCAUGCCAGACAAUAAUGAACCUUUAAGAAACAGCUCAUUUGAUGAACUCGAUGGGCCUUUUAGUUUAGACCUAAAAAGGUCUUCUGUGUACCAAAGAAGGAAAAGUAAAGUGUCCUUUUGGUAG